AUGGCGCAGGCGGCGCUGUGCGGGCGCUUCCAGAUUGCAGCGCCCUCUCCGUCCAGCAGGCGGCAAUGCUGUGACUUUUCGGCACCACCUCCAUCGUCGGGCUUCCCAGGCUUCCAGGCAUUCCUCAAGGGCCAUCAUGGAAUCCACGUGCAAUGCAAACACCUGUCGCCGUUCCUUGGAGCAGCGCUGCCAGCUGUCACGACAGGUGCAAAACGACUUCAAAGAACUGCAAGAAAAAGCAGGGGUGGGCGAAAUGUCACAGCGGCUGAAAGUCGGGGCGAUGAUACGCCGGAGGGGCGGACUGAGGGUGGUUUCGUAGAAGAACGGAGUGUGGGGGCAAAUCCAGGAGGCGGCAUUUCGGACGGUGGGCGUUUGGACGGAGGUGGGGCGUCCAGUUCGGGCGGCGCUGAUAGGAUUGAGGCACAAGAAAGUGGUUGGCAGCAGCCGCCGGGAACUAGAAGUGGAGAGUGGGAAGAUGAAAGCCGCGGCGAGAAAGAGUCGGUGCUUAAGAGAGCGAUGGCGCGGGCGCGAGCUGCAGAAGAAGCUGCAAAUGGUGCCAGCGGAAAAGCGUCGUCGAGCAGUGCAGAGUCUCAAGAAUCUGCAUACGAGCAGGCUUGGGAGGUGGAUGAAAAUGGCGGCUGGGACGUGAUUGGGGAGGACGAGAUCGAUGACGUCGUCGCUGAGGUCGGCGGCGAUUUCGAGGGGGAUGACUUCCCGGACGUGGAGAUCGCCACCCCCACGGAGCUGACGGCGGCGGAAGCGGUGGCGAUGCUUCCGGUGGGGCUCAUGGACAGGGCGAGGGAGGUGCGGGAGUUUUAUGCGCAGAAGGAGCGGCAGGGGGCAGUCGACAGGGGGGAAUUGCCCCCCCCGUUUGCAGGUACGGUGGAUGUGGCAGAGAUUGGAAGGCGGGGAGGGCCGGAAACGUGGUCAAGCGAAGUGAAGGCGAGGAAAGCGAGGGAAGAAGCGGAGUUCAGGAUGUGGGCUGCUAAGCAGGGUUGGGAAGAAGAGGAGGAAGAAGAAGAAGAAGGGGAUGAAGACGAAGAGGAAAGAAAGCGAAUGCAAGCGGAGGCGGCAGCAGAAGAAGGAUCGCACUCGGAAGUGAGUGCUCUGGAUUCAAUUGAUCCCGAGACUGCCAGCGCAAAUACGAGGCCGGUCACAUUAGAUGCGUCAGAGGAGUUGGGAUUGUCAGAGCGGUUGGCGGCGUCUGAAAACUCGGAGACGUCAGAGACACCUGACGCAUCCGAAUCGUCCGAGGAGACCAUUCGGACGGUGCCCAUCGACGAGUUCGGCGACCCCGAUUGGAACUACAAGCCCGAGUCCGAGAAGAACUCCGAAGAGGAGAAGUUCGCGAUGAAAGUGGACGACCUGCCGCCCGAUCUGCUCGAGCACCUGAAGAAAGCGCGGGACCGGCAGACGGAGAAAGACGUUGAGGUGGUGGAUUGGGGGUACGACCAGGUGGCGGGCCAGCAGACGCCCAAGUGGCGGCGGGAACUAGAGGCGGAGGAAAAGGCAAAGAAGGAGAAGGAGAAGGCGCAGCUGGAGGACUACAUUUUCCGAAAAAAGCUCUUUACUUACGCGGAAAAGAAGGGCGUCAAGGUCACUGAAACGCGCCAUGUCUAUGACGAGGAAGGGCGCGAGAUCAGCCGUGACGGGAAGCCCCUGAAUGGGGCCGCAGAAGAGGAAGCGGAAACGGAUUCCGUCGACGAACUCGAGCCGGAACCCGAGCUGCCGGACUGGGAGUCCGCCAUGGAGCCGUUCGAGGGAGAGUACUCGGACCUUUCGGACAGCGAUUCAGACGACGACGACGAUUUGGACGAAGAUUCGGACGGCGAAAUCGUGGAAGCGGAACUCGUGCAAGAGACGGAAGGUUUGGGAGGCGCGGGUACGGCAAGAUCUGAUUGGCGUAAGGGAGGGGCGGCGUUUGGCGGAGAAGUGCGUGCCGGGGGUUCAGAAGAGGCAGUUUCUGGUAGUGACACUCCGAACGAGAAUGGGGACGAUAACGGGCGAUUCUCGGAGGGCUUUACGGUGAUGGCGGGCGAGCCGGGGUACCGGGCGGUUCUGCAGUCGGGGCGGGACAGUGCCACAGAGUCUGGCAGUCGUUCGGACAGUGGCAAUUUGAACGACAAAGCGGCCCGAGCUCAGAAGCGGGAAAGGGUUUCUGGGGCUGGGUCCGCCGGGUCGAGCGGUCUGGGCAGUAGCGGAACGGAGCAGAACGGACCGGAGCGGAACGGAAAGGAACGGAAGAGGAGUGGGAAGAGCGGAAACGAGGCGCGGGGAGAAACGCAGGAGAGACCGGCGGAGUCAGGUGAGGACUUGUUUGCAAGCACGUACCUGAAGGAAGACGAGGAUCUGGGGAUUGAUUGGGGCGAAGAGGAGUACGAGGACUGCUUUUCGGACGGAGAGGAGGAGGAGUCGGACGCCGAAUCGGACGCACCGGAACCGUCCGGAAACGGAAAGGAACGGAUGGAUCCGGAGCAUAAGGAGCGGCUGCGGGCGAUGCACGACGCGCUGGAGCGGCGGCUCGAGCGUCCGAAGGGUUCGGACGGUGCAGAUGGAACGAAGGCUGCGGAUAGAGCGGAAUCGGACGGUUUGAAAGCUUCGGACGCGGCAAAAGCGGCCGGUCCGAAGCCGUCGGACGGUCCAGACUCUGCGGACGGUGACGAAGAUUCGGACGACGAGGAGAUGAAGCAGGCGGAGCUGAAGCAGUGGGCGAAGGAACUGGAGGCGGCGCUUCCGAAGGUGACCUACAAGCAGUUUGAGUCGCUGAAACCUGUUUUGGAGGAAGCCGGGUUAGAGGAGGAGGGUUUGAGCGACCUGCUUCUCAAACCCGGGUUUGGGAACUUCAUGAGCGAUCAGCUGUCCAAGCGGUCGGGGACGCUGGCGCGGCGGCGGGUGACGUUUCCGGUAGCGGCGGUGGGGUUAACGCUGCGGCAAAUGGGGUUAAGGGGACGGAAUAUUAACCAGAUUCUGGCGAGCGACAAGUGGGCGGAGAAUCGGUCCGUAGAAAGCGCGUCCGCAGCAGAAACGGACAGGACAAGGGAAAGUGAAGAAGAGGAAGAGAGUGAGGGGUCUGAUCUCCAGCAAGAAAGUCUCCCGGGGGGGCCCGCCGAGCCCUCAAUUGUUCCCCCUGUUUCGGAAACCCUCGCUCCAAAGCCCGCUGCUCCUUUUGUAGAAAGCACUGCACCGUCGGAUGUUGAGUCGAGUCCCCGGACAGGCGUCAACGAAGCCGCAGACGAUACCAAUUCUCUUGAGGAGUCUGAGGAGCUCAAGAAAACGCUGGGGCUCAGCGGAGCGACUCUGGACGACAUUUUCAAGGACGGGAUCCUGGAUAAGGAGGAAGUGACGGCCAAUCUGAAGGAGCAGUUGCGGGAGUUUGAGAGCGAGGCUUUCUGGGGCGGGGAGGUGGACCCCAUUCCCGAUGACGACAUCAGACCCGUGGUCGAGAAGGCAACUGUCCCCCCUACCGACGGCCCGAUCCGGUUCGAGGGCGAGGAGAUGAAGCUAGCGGAAUUGGCGGAGCUGGCGAAUGUGGCCCCGGAGGAAGACCCGUUUAACCAGCCCCUUGUGCAGCAGAUUUCCUCGGAUGAGUGGGAAGACGUCACGAGAGACCCGAGCCCGCUCGUUGUCGAGGUAUUUGCCACGUGGGCGAGGCCCUGUCGCAGAAUGGCCGUCGAAGUGGCCACGCUCGCGCGCACCAUGGGCGAGCGCGUCAGGGUCGUCAAGCUGAACGCGGAAAACGAGAAGGCGCUCGCGGCCGCGCUGCGCGUGGCGAAUGUGCCGACCGUCAUCUUCAUCCGGGACUACACGGUCGUCAUGAAGCUCGACUCCGUGGUCGACCUGCCGGGCAGUGACCUCGUAGAGAUCGCCGAGCACGUCUUCUUCCGGGGCCCAUUCCCCGAGUGCAUGCAGCGGGCGGUUGAACAGCGCGGGCAGGCCUGAGACUUUACUUGCGACGAUUCUCUAGAAAAGGGGUGUGAUUUGGGACAUUCAUAUGUGGCCGCUGCAGAGAUUUCUGCAUCGCUUCGUCAAACGACGCUUGGUUGCAUUUAUUAGGGAUGCCGCCGAGUAAGGUCAAACGGUUCAAAGGUUCGGUUUCUAGCUUAUAGAUGUCCCGGACUCAGAAGAUAUGUCAGGCCGUAACAGAACCAAUUACGUCGCGGGCAGUGAUCUGGCUCAACUAAG